CUUCUGCGCCAAUCGGCAAUUGCAAAAAUGGGAUAGUAAUAGACCACUGCCGGUUGGACUUGGACCUUUAAUUGAGCCCAAAUGCCCAAGUGCGGUACCCUACCGGAACACUUUAAACGACUUUGUUUUGCUGUAUUCGUUUUUACCUUCUGACAUCUGCUUAACAAAAAUUAUUUUCUCCAGCGACAGAAUCUAAACUGAAUUCAAAUGCAACCAUUUUCAACUCUAACACCAAAAACAAGAAAAACCCGUUCUUCUUCUAAUUGGAGAAAUCAAAUCGAACAAUCCAAGCUGGUUUCCCAAGUCUCUUCUAUUCUCUUACAAAGGCAUAACUGGGCACCACUUCUUCAAACUCUCAAUCUCUCCUCCAAACUAACCCGAACUCUCAUCCUCCAGAUCCUCCGCAAAACCCAACAUCACCCUCAGAUCUCUCUAACUUUCUACAAGUGGGUCAAAACCCAUUUGGGUUUUAAGCCAGACCUCAAGUCCCAAUGCCAUAUCAUCCAAAUUGCAGUCGGGUCGGAUCUUUCCCGACCAGUAGAGCCCAUUUUAAACUCUCUGACUCAGUCCUAUCCUGCACCAAUAGUUGCUGAUUCUAUGAUUCAAGCUUGCAAAGGUAAAAAUUUUCAAUGUAGUGCUUUAAGUUCGGUCAUUAAAUCUUAUUCGGAAAAGGGUCUUUUUAUGGAAGCAUUAGAGGUGUUUAAGAAAAUGAGAAGUCACGAGUUAACCCCUUCAAUAAGUGCUAGUAAUGCGCUGCUUGAUGCUUUAAAUAGAGGAAAUGAGUUAAAACUAGCUUGGUGUCUUUUAGGUGCCAUGAUUCGAUUUGGUGUUGACCCUGAUCAAUUUUCAUGGUCAUUGAUUGCUCAAAUUCUUUGUAAAAAUGGGAAUUUUGAGAAGGUUGUUAGAUUGCUGGAGAAGGGCAUUUAUAAUUCUGAAAUUUAUGAUCUUGUUAUAGAUUUUUAUAGCAGAAGUGGGGAUUUUGAAGCCGCAUUUAAUCAAAUAAAUGAGAUGUACAACAGAAAACUCGAUACUCGGUUUUGUACCUAUAGCUCAGUUCUUGAUGGGGCUUGUAAAUAUAAUGAUAGAGAAGUGAUUGAGAGGAUAAUAAAAAUGAUGAUAGAGAAGCAAUUACUUCCCAGAUGCCAAUUUUCGGAAAAUGAUUUGAUCAUUCAAAAGCUUUGUGAUUUGAGGAAGACACAUGCGGCUGAAAUGUUGUUUAAGAAGGCUCGUAGUAAGAGUAUUAGAUUACAGGAUGAUACUUAUGGGUCUAUGUUAAAGGCAUUGUCCCAGGUUGGAAGAAUUGAUGAAGCAAUUAAAAUGUAUUGUAUGACAUUGAAAAGGGGAAUUAUGGUGAAUAAGAGCUGCUAUUAUGCAUUUGUGAAUGUUCUUUGCAAGGAAGAUCAGUCUGAUGAUGGAUGUGGACUGUUAGUGGACAUUAUGAAAAAAGGAUAUAAUCCUUGUGCUUCCCAGUUGUCCAAAUAUAUAACAUCACAGUGUAGAAAAAGUAAUUGGAGAAAAGUUGAAGAACUCUUGGAUCUAAUGCUAGAGAAAGGGUUAUUGCCUGAUUCAUAUGGUUGUUGCUCGUUGAUGGAGUAUUAUUACUUUAAUAGACAGAUGAAUAAAGUUGUUGCAUUCCAUGAUAAGAUGGAGAAAAUGAAGGGCUGUUUGGAUGUAACAACAUACAACUUGAUUCUUGAUGGACUUUGGAGAGAAAAGAAAGCCGAAGAAGCAAUCAGGGUGUUUGAUUAUAUGAAAGGGUUGAACUUGGUCAAUAGUGCAAGUUUUACAAUAAUGAUUCGUGAGCUCUGCCACAUGAAGGAAAUGAGAAAAGCUAUGAAAAUUCAUGAUGAAAUGUUGAAUAUGGGGCUUAAACCUGAUAAAGGUACAUAUAGGCGAUUGAUUUCUGGAUUUAAGACUAGUAAUAGGUUGUUAGUGAAUGGACUGAAAGCAUGAAUCUCACUCCAUUUAGAUAAUGCGGUAGGACAUCAUUCUUACAUUUUCUCUCAUUAUUAUUGUAAAUUAUACUGCCUGGAUUAUGUAAGGAUGUUUUAUGAUAUGAAAAUGCUGAUUAUGUAAGGGUAGAUGUCUCAUGAAAUGAAAACGCUGAUUUAUGAGCUUAUGAAAAAUUUGUAUGUUCCAUUUGUUAUUAGUCGAUUGCUCGCGUUGCGUUGAAGAUUAAAGCUCGAAUGAAGCUAUUAAAUAUAGAAGCAACAUGAGUAAAGUUAGCCUAUUCCUCCACCAAGUACAGGGGCUCUUUUUGUUACAUCAGGAUCUGCAGUUGCUCAAAGUAUGAGAGGAAUUAAUGAAUGAAAUUAUUUGGACAGCCAAAAUCCAGAAUCUGGUUUUGAAAUUAGUCCCACCCACGCUUGACGCUUGCACAAAAGUCAAAUGUGAGGCUGUGGAGCGUGGGCCAUUUGAUUCUGGCUGCCGCAACCCAAUUCCGGUGCACUAUGGGUCUGGAUCAAGUAUAGCAUUUUCUCCUAGGCCCAAAGUUAAAGAUCUCUCUAGCAUAGCAAACUGCGGCUUGUUGAACCCAAUGUCAAG